CCAGGACAUUUCCCUCUCUCCUCUCCUUUCCUUUACUCCCCUCCUCCUCCUCUCCAGCCACUGUUGACGUCCAUGGCUCUGUCACCCGCAUCACCGGUUUCCACGCUGCUCUCUGGUCCAGUCAUGUAGUCAUUAUGGCUCUUCUAAUUGCCUCUGUGUUCACACCCGCGCUGUUUGUCUUCUCGCGGCUCCCUUUCUUUUUUCAGUUAGUUUUAUUUUAGUUAAUCAGUCGUCUUUUUUGUCGGAAACUCUUUUUAUCCUCUUGCACUUUUCUGACGCUUUGGGGAGUUCCGUGCGUCCGAGCCUCUCGCACCUCUCCACGGUUUAAAUCCCUCCUCUGGCUGCUCCACCUGGACGUGUCGCUAAUUUCCCUAUUAAUUCACCCGUGCGGUCGUUUCACGUCGUCGUGACUCCUAAUUGUUUUUUGGCAGAGUUAGAAACCGGUGGUGAAAAGGCUCAUAUGAGUGCGCCUCCGCUGAUCCGUGCGCCCAGCCCUCUCCCGUUCUCAGGGGGCACAAACAACACCAACACCGGCGCUGGGGGAGGGGGUGGUGGUGGUGGUGUAGGAGGAGGAGGAGGAGGUGGUGGUGUGAUCUCCUUCCACAUCCAGAUCGGUCUGAGCCGGGAGCCCGUGCUGCUGGAUGCCGCGGAGUUCAGCCUCAGUCAGGUCCGGGAGGUGGCGUGCUCCAUCGUGGACCAAAAGUUACCAGAGUGCGGCUUCUAUGGGAUGUACGAGAAGAUCCUCCUAUUCCGUCAUGAUCCUACAUCAGACAACGUGCUGCAGCUACUGCGCUCUGCUUCUCAGAUCCAGGAGGGUGACUUGGUGGAAGCCAUACUGUCAGCUUCAGCCACAGUAGAGGACUUCCAGAUUCGUCCACACUGCCUGUUUGUCCAUUCGUACCGAGCUCCAGCCUUCUGCGACCACUGUGGGGAAAUGCUGUGGGGACUUGUACGCCAAGGACUUAAAUGUGAAGGUUGUGGUCUGAAUUACCACAAGCGCUGUGCCUUUAAGAUCCCCAACAACUGCAGCGGGGUGAGGAGGCGUCGUCCCUCUAAUGUCUCAUUGACAGGCGGGAUAAUCAACAUCGGGCGUCCGCUCUCUGCUGAGCCUUCACCUCCCCACUACAGUGAUGAUGCUUUAUUGUCUCCAGUCAGUCCUAGCAUGGAGCAGAAGAACCAGUUAGAUUACUUUCCUGGUAGAGAGCGGCGAUCCAGCUCACAAUCAUAUGUUGGCCGUCCCAUUGAGCUUGAUAAGAUCUUACUGUCAAAAGUCAAAGUUCCCCACACAUUCCUGAUUCACUCUUACACCCGGCCUACUGUCUGCCAGCACUGCAAGAAGCUGCUCAAAGGCCUCUUCAGGCAGGGCCUGCAGUGCAAAGACUGUAAAUUUAAUUGUCAUAAACGAUGUGCGCAAAAAGUGCCAAACAACUGCCUGGGAGAAGUAUCAAAAAAUGGAGAACUUCUGAGCCCAGGUGCAGAAUUGGAUGCCCUCAUGGUGGAGGGUUGCCUUGAUGACCAUGAUAUUGACAGAAGGGGUAGCCUCUUGGAUGACAUGGAUGAAGCGCUGGCCUCAGAGAGUGGCUUGCUGCUAGAGGCAGGACCCAGCGAUCUCUGUGACAUGCACGACCCUGACCUAGAUGAGUCCAACCGAGCCAUCAGGUACUCACAUAACAAUUACACACAAAGAAAAAUAUAUAGUACUGAGAUGUUUCUGAGGCUUGCUGCUUCCAACUUUGUUUGACACAUUAUUAUAAAUAUACACUUUGAAUCGUACAAAGAUUGUCUUAAGAAAAGACAUUACUGGAGGCUAGACAGUAAAUGCAUUACGCUGUUUCAGAACGACACAGGAAGUAAAUAUUACAAGGAAAUCCCUCUGUCUGAAAUCUUGUCUCUGGAGCCUGCUCAGAAUUUUUCUCUGCUUCCUGAUGGAGCCAAUCCUCAUUGCUUUGAGAUCGCCACGGCAUCACUGGUUUAUUAUGUUGGAGAGAACCUGCAGAGACCUGAAUCAUCUGUGACAGGCAGCAGCAUUCUGGUCAGCGGUGUUGGGCAGGAUGUGGCUCGAAUGUGGGAAAUGGCCAUCCAGCAUGCUCUGAUGCCAGCGGUUUCUACAGGAAUUUGCCACAGUUCCCACCGCAGUGGACACAAGGAGAUUUCAAUCAGUAUUUCAGUUUCCAACUGCCAGAUCCAGGAGAACGUGGACAUCAACUCAGUGUAUCAAAUCUUCCCAGACGAGGUUCUCGGCUCAGGACAGUUUGGCAUUGUGUAUGGAGGUAAGCACAGGAAGUCCGGCCGAGACGUUGCCAUCAAAAUCAUCGACAAACUCCGUUUCCCCACCAAACAGGAGAGUCAGCUGCGCAAUGAGGUGGCCAUCCUGCAGAGCCUGCAUCAUCCAGGGGUGGUCAACCUGGACUGUAUGUUUGAGACACCAGAGCGAGUGUUCGUGGUCAUGGAGAAGCUUCAUGGAGACAUGUUGGAGAUGAUCCUGUCCAGUGAGAAAGGCCGACUUCCUGAGAGGAUCACAAAGUUCCUGGUGACACAGAUCUUGGUGGCGUUGCGUCAUCUCCACUUCAAGAACAUUGUCCACUGUGAUCUGAAACCUGAAAAUGUCCUGCUGGCUUCUGCAGACUCUUUCCCCCAGGUGAAGCUGUGUGAUUUUGGGUUUGCUCGAAUCAUUGGUGAGAAGUCAUUCAGGCGUUCAGUGGUCGGAACACCAGCAUAUCUUGCUCCUGAAGUUCUGAGAAAUAAAGGCUACAAUCGCUCUCUGGACAUGUGGUCAGUUGGAGUCAUCAUCUAUGUCAGUCUCAGUGGGACGUUCCCUUUCAAUGAAGAUGAAGAUAUUAAUGAUCAGAUCCAGAAUGCAGCCUUCAUGUACCCCCCUCACCCCUGGAAAAAAAUCUCCCAAGAAGCGAUUGACCUGAUCAACAACUUGCUGCAAGUGAAGAUGAGAAAGAGAUACAGUGUUGACAAGACACUAAGCCAUCCCUGGUUGCAGGACUACCAGAUGUGGCUGGAUCUAAGAAACCUUGAGUCUCGGAUAAACGAGCGCUAUAUCACCCAUGAGAGUGAUGACCUGCGAUGGCAUCAUCACGCCCAGCUCAGCGGCCUAGACUACCCCAUGCACCUAACCAACAGCCCCUGUGGUGAAGUUGGACAGGGGAUGAAGCGCUACAAGGAAGAGGAAGAGCUGGAGACCCUCAGUGAGAGGGUGAGUGAACUAUGAGGAAGUAAGAAGACUUAUUUUCCAAACAACAUGAGAAACAAUGAUUAUCACAAAAUGAAAAAAGCACAAAAUGAAAACUUACAAAAAAUUAGAUCCUUAUUUUACUUCCAUAAAUCAUAACGAAUCUUAUUCUAAUUAAUCUAAUUAACAAGUACUUGUUUCGUAUUUGCAAGAUAAGGCUCUUAGAACUGCUUACAUCUGUAAUGCUAGAGUCACUGCAUAAUUAGGAGUUAACAAUUUUGUAUUUAAUUAUAAGGUCCUUGUGUUAUUUGUCCCAUAGUUUUUUUUCAAUAGGGUUGUAAAGCUCAAACUAUUUAUUACCUUUACAAGGCACAGAACUUUCAAAUAUAUUUGAGAUUAUUGUUAUAUGUAAGGAUCUUGUAAUUAUUUUUAUGUAAUUACGAGUCUUUUGUCUCCUAAUUUCAAAGAAUUAUUCUCACAAUUUACAAAUGCAACAUUUGCUCAUUUUAAAUCUCCUAGAUGAAUAAGCACCUUGAUAAACUCACCCUGUCCCAGAAUACUAAAACAAAAAUCCUAUGUUAAGGCAAUAUUGGUUUUUGAUUAGGAGGUGUGAAUUUUUCGAAUGACGUCUUAAUUUUGACUUUAAAAAAGUUAACGUCAUGCAAGAUAGUAUAAUUACGAAAUAUACAGUGGAGACAUAUAUGAUCCUCUGUUGUAUUUACUGGAUCAUUAUUUCAUGCAAUUUUUUUCCCUUUGUAAUCUUUAUCCUUAUUAAAUGUAGUAAAAUAAAUUUAAAACAACAUAAUCGUUCCAUCCUUACUUUGUUGCUAUGAAACAAAAAUGUCAUUUCUCCAUGAAGAGCUACAAAUUACAGUACUGGGCAGAAAUCUUGAGACAUCUCUCAUUUCUUUAUGUUUUGCUUGGAAAAUGGCAGAUCUGUGCAGUGAUUUAUAGAACAGAAUUCUGUUCCCAUUGUAAACAGAAUGUAAGGUAAAAACACCUGUGCGCACACUGCUUCAGUAAUGUUGAGGUCUGGGUUGUGGCUAGGCCAAUUCAUGGCAGGUGGGGCUUUUUCUACCAAAGUAUGCUUCACUAUACUGACUAUGUGUUUAGGAUCAUUGUCGUCCUGGAUGAUGACGCCACUGGCAAGUAUAUAAUGCAUGGUGCAUCAAAAUCUGAUGCAACCAUAUUUUCAUAAAUUUUGGUAAGAUCCCAAAAACCACAGGAUGCACAGCAGCCCAAAAUCAGCUUGUUUCACAGAUGACCUCUCUCUUGACUACGUUUUGAAGCAAAACAUUCAAAUUGGGAUUUUGCUUCCCACUGUUGCCAACUGCUUGUUCAUAGAGGGUCAUCUGACUGACUGAUCUUUUCCUAUUUCUUAAUGACAUGACUUUCAUAUACUGUUGAUCUGCUGUAGAUAGUUUUUAGGUCUGCCACUUCUUCUUUUGUACUCCACAUGUCCUG